CGCGCGCCGGAAGCGCGUCCCCCGCGGCCCGGCCAAGAUGGCGGCGGAUGCCGCCACCGAGCUGCUGUUCCUGGACACGUUCAAGCACCAAAGCGCGGAGCAAAGUACCAAUAUUGAUGUGGUUCGUUUUCCGUGCGUGGUUUACAUAAAUGAAGUCCGAGUCAUUCCUCCAGGAGUGAGAGCUCACACAAGUUUGCCUGACAACAGGGCUUAUGGAGAGACAUCCCCCCAUUCAUUUCAACUGGACUUGUUUUUCAACAAUGUCAGCAAACCAAGUGCCCCUGUUUUUGAUCGGCUGGGAAGCCUUGAAUAUGAUGAAAACACUUCAAUUAUUUUCAGGCCCAAUGCAAAGGUCAACACGGAUGGAUUGGUUCUUAGAGGGUGGUACAACUGUCUGACUUUGGCAAUAUAUGGGUCAGUUGACAGGGUAAUAACUCAUGAGAGAGAGUCACCUCCUCCACCACCCCCUCCGCCUCCACCUCCCCAGCAACAGCCUGGAUUGAAAAGAAAUCCAAAACAUGUUGAUGGAGAGAAAGAAGACCAAUUCAAUGGCAGUCCUCCAAGACCACAACCCAGGGGACCAAGGACACCUCCAGGCCCUCCUCCUCCUGAUGAUGAUGAGGAUGAACCUAUGCCAGUGUCAGUGGUUGGGGAAAAAGAAGAUGAUGUGGACCAUAGGGAGGAUUACUUUGAGCCGAUUUCUCCUGAUCGAACGUCCAUUCAUCAAGAAAGCCAAUAUUCUGAUGAUGGAGAGGUAGAGGAGGAUCAGCCAGAAGAAGGGGAAGAUGAUGAUGAUGUGGAUGUUGAGGAGGAGGAAGAUGAGGAUGACGACGACGAUGAUGAUGAUGAUGGUCAUACUGUAGAGAGUAUUGCUGAUGAGGAAGAAGAGGAGGAGGAGGAAGAUGAUGAAGAUGAAGAAGAGGGUGAAGAGGAGGAAGAAGGUGAUGGAGAUGAUGGCUAUGAGCAGAUUUCAAGUGAUGAAGAUGUAAUUGCUGAUCUGGAGCGUGAAACAUUUAAGUAUCCAAGCUUUGAUAUUGAAUAUACUCCUGAGGAUCUGGCAUCUGUGCCCCCUGUGACAUAUGAACCUUUUGAAAAGGAGCUUGGACCACUUUUAUACUUCAGCUGCCCUUACAAGACUGUAUUUGAAAAUGAAGUUGCUAAAAUAAAGGACCAAGACUCAGAAAAAGAAAAUUCAGGGGCAGUGGAAGGCUCAGUUAAAUUAACUGAACUGUUGGAAUUAUAUCAAGAGGAAAGGGGUGCAAAAUGGGUCACUGCAUUAGAAGAAAUUCCAAGUUUAAUAGUAAAGGAAUUGAGCUACCUACUGGUGAAAAACACAAAGCAGGACUAUAUUACACAGCUAGUAGACUGGACCCUGCAAGCUUUAAACCUUCAGGUGGCUCUCAAACAGCCCAUUGCUUUGAAUGUUCGACAGCUCAAAGCUGGGACAAAACUGGUGUCUUCGUUAGCAGAAUGUGGGGCUCAAGGAAUAACAGCACUCUUGCAGGCAGGAGUUAUUAAUGUGUUGUUUGAACUGUUGUUUGCAGAUCAUGUAUCAUCCUCCCUUAAACUUAAUGCUUUUAAAGCUUUGGAUAGUGUCAUUAGUAUGACUGAGGGAAUGGAAAUGUUUCUAAGAGGUGGCACAGAUGUACAUGAAAAAAGUGGUUAUCAGAAACUCCUGGAACUCAUACUAUUAGAUCAGACUGUGCGAGUUGUUACAGCUGGUUCUGCAAUUCUCCAGAAAUGUCACUUCUACGAGAUUCUGUCAGACAUUAAAAAGGUGGUUGAUCAGUUAGCAGAGAACACUCCUCCUCUUCCUAAUCACACAGAACCAGAACAGGACCAGGACUUGGCAGGACUUGAAAGAACCAACCAAGAAUAUGAAAAUGAUGUGGAGGCUCCUAUGGACAUGGAUCAUCUUUUGGAGUCUUCUAAUAUAAGCGAAGGAGAGAUGGAAAAACUUGUUAGUCUUCUUGAAGAGAUCUUCCAUUUGAUGGAAACUGCUCCUCAUACAAUGAUUCAACCACCUGUGAAAUCUUUCCCAACCAUGGCACGCAUUACAGGCCCUCCAGAAAGGGAUGAUCCUUACCCUGUCCUGUUUAGAUAUCUUCACAGUCACCAUUUCUUGGAGUGCAUUACUUUGCUACUGUCUCUUCCAGUGACAGGUGCACAUCCAGGUGUGCUUCAAGCUGUCCGAGAUAUAUUGCGUUUCCUGGCACAGUCACAGAAGGGUCUUCUUUUCUUUAUUUCUGAGCAUGAAGCAACAAACUUGUUGGUUAGAGCACUUUGUCAGUUUUCUGAUCCAGAUCAAGAGGAAGGUCUGCAGUCAGAUGGUGCCAAUGAGGAUGCUUUUGCCCUGUGGCUCCUGCAUUCAACACAGACAUUACAGUGCAUUUCAGAACUGUUCUGCCACUUCCAGCGGUGCACAGCCAGCGAGGAGACUGACCACUCAGAUCUGCUGGGAACACUUCACAACCUUUACCUGAUCACCUUUAACCCUGUGGGAAGAUCUGCUGUGGCUCAUGUAUUCAGUCUGGAAAAAAAUCUCCAAAGUCUUAUUACAUUAAUGGAAUACUAUUCCAAAGAAGCUUUAGGAGACUCAAAGUCUAAGAAGUCAGUUGCUUAUAAUUAUGCCUGCAUCCUUGUUUUGCUGGUGGUACAAUCUUCCAGUGAUGUUCAAAUGCUGGAACAGCACUCAGCACCUUUGCUGAAGCUUUGUAAAGCAGAUGAAAAUAACACCAAGUUGCAAGAGCUCAGCAAGUGGCUUGAACCUUUGAAAAAUCUUAGAUUUGAAAUAAAUUGUAUUCCAAAUCUUAUUGAAUAUAUCAAACAGAAUAUUGACAGUUUGAUGACCCCAGAUGGAGUUGGUCUUCCCACUGCACUUCGUGUUCUUUGUCAUAUUGCAUGUCCACCACCUCUGGUAGAAGGUCAACAGAAAGACCUUAAAUGGAAUCUUGCAGUUAUUCAGCUCUUCUCUUCUGAGGGAAUGGACACCUUCAUCCGGGUGUUACAGAAGCUGAACAGCAUCCUUAUUCAGCCUUGGCGACUCCACGUCAACAUGGGCACCACCCUGCACAGAGUUACGACUAUUUCUAUGGCCCGCUGCACACUUACUCUCCUUAAAACAAUGCUGACAGAACUCCUGAGGGGUGGAUCCUUUGAAUUCAAGGACAUGCGUGUUCCUGCAGCACUUGUUUCUUUACACAUGCUCCUCUGCUCUAUUCCUCUGUCAGGCCGCUUGGAUAGCGACGAACAAAAAAUCCAGAAUGACAUUGUUGAUAUCUUGCUGACUUUUACACAAGGUGUUAAUGAAAAACUUACAAUUUCUGAGGAAACUUUGGCAAACAAUACUUGGUCUUUAAUGCUGAAGGAAGUUCUCUCUUCAAUUUUGAGAAUUCCUGAAGGCUUUUUCUCUGGACUCAUACUGCUUUCAGAAUUGUUGCCUCUUCCACUGCCCAUGCAGACUACUCAGGUGAUUGAAGCCCAUGAUAUUGCAGUGGCACUGAACACCAGGAAGCUGUGGAGUAUGCACCUCCACGUGCAGGCCAAGCUGAUACAGGAGAUUGUUCGAUCUUUCUCUGGCUCGUCUUGCCAGCCCAUUCAGCAUAUGUUGAGGCGGAUUUGUGUUCAGCUGUGUGACUUGGCUUCACCUACUGCUCUUCUCAUCAUGAGGACAGUGUUGGAUCUAAUUGUAGAAGACCUCCAAAGCAACACAGAAGAUAAAGAGAAGCAGUACACUGGACAGACCACUCGGCUGCUCGCUUUGCUGGAUGCCCUGGCUUCACAUAAAGCUUGUAAAUUGGCUAUUUUGCAUCUUAUCAAUGGAACUACUAAAGGAGAUGAAAAGUAUGCAGAGGUUUUCCAGGAGCUCUUGGCUUUGAUGCGAUCAGCCGGGGACAAUGUCACUCAUCAACAGUGUGCUGAAUGUGUAACUUCCCUUUUGCAGUCACUCUGUGAUCAGGAUAUUGCACUUAUUUUACCAAGUUCAUCAGAAGGCUCUGUGUCUGAAUUAGAGCAGCUUUCCAACUCCCUCCCAAGCAAAGAGCUGAUGCCCUUAAUUUGUGACUGUCUGAUGGAAACAUUAACAAAUUCUGAGAGCAGCUACAGUUGUCUGCUGACAUGCAUCCGAACAAUGAUGUUUCUUACAGAGCAUGACUAUGGCUUCUACCACCUGAAGAGCUCUCUAAGAAAACACAGCAAUGCUCUGUACACUGUAUUAAAGCGAGUAAUCACUGGUUUCAGCAAAGACACAGGUGAACUGGCCUCCUCUUUUUUGGAUUUUAUGCGACAGAUUCUAAACUCUGAUACGCUGGGAUGUUGCGGAGAUGAUGGAAGCCUUAUGGAAACAGAUGGAUCCCAUUCAGGCAGAACACUGGGUCUUACCACUGCAGAAUUAAAACAUCUACUCCAGAACAAAGAAGAAACCCCAGAAAACCUGCUUCUUGAUCUGGAGAAACAUGUUAUGGAUCGUUCUAAGGAAGAUGAUGGUCUCGAAUCCUUACUGGACAACAUUGUUGGAGUAAGGCAAAUGUUGGAAUCAGCAGGUGAUUCUUGUCCACUGAGUGACCAAGAUGUUGAGCCUACUCUUUGUGCACCAGAUUCUCUUCAGAAUUUGUUUAACAACAGGACUACCUAUGUGUUGGCAGAUGUGAUGGAUGACCAGCUGAAGUCCAUGUGGUUCUCACCCUUUCAGGCUGAAGAAAUAGACACUGACCUGGAUAUGGUAAAAGUUGACUUAAUUGAACUGUCAGAGAAGGGCUGCAGUGAUUUUGACUUGCAAGCUGAAUUGGAGAGGUCAUUUUUGUCAGAACCAUCAUCUCCUGGACGCACAAAAACCACAAAAGGGUUCAAGCUCGGCAAGCACAAGCAUGAGACCUUUAUAACUUCAAGUGGGAAAUCUGAGUACAUAGAGCCUGCAAAGAGAGCUCACGUUGUGCCACCACCCAGAGGAAGAGGAAGGGGAGGAUUUGGACAAGGAAUUCGACCACACGAUAUCUUCCGUCAGAGGAAACAGAACACAAGCAGGCCACCCUCCAUGCAUGUGGAUGAUUUUGUUGCUGCAGAGAGCAAAGAAGUGGUUGCUCCAGAUGGGAUACCACCAGCCAAAAGGCCACCAAAGGUGUCACAGAAGAUUUCUUCGCGUGGUGGGUUCUCAGGGAAUCGUGGAGGACGAGGAGCUUUUCACAGUCAGAACAGGUUCUUUACACCACCUGCUUCAAAAGGAAAUUACAGUCGUCGUGAAGGCGCUCGAGGCUCAAGUUGGAGUGCACAGAGUACGCCCAGGGGAACCUACAAUGACAGUAGAGGUGGUCAAAGCAAUUUUAACAGGGGUCCACUGCCACCACUGAGACCAUUAAGUUCAGCAGGCUACCGACCGAGUCCUCGCGAUCGUGCUUCCAGAGGCCGCGGAGGAAUUGGACCGUCUUGGACAAGUGCUAAUAGUAGUAGCAGUGGUGGCUCAAGAGGGAAAUUUGUUAGUGGAGGCAGUGGAAGAGGUCGUCAUGUUCGUUCCUUCACACGAUAAAAUAAGACCCAAUGGUGGAACAGCUCAACCUUGUGGACUUCUGUGAAGAUGACAAAGAAAGCAGCGCCACUAACGGACCAAUUCAGUGUUUCUGGUAUCUGGAGGACACCAAGAGAAUAUUUUUGUCCGAAGAAAAAGCUUUUGUUUGAUACAAGACUUGAAAUUUCAAUAAAAUUCAAGACUUUUUGUGUACAAUUGUAAAUUUUUUGUUCCUUUUGAAAGAAUGUUUCAAUUUUUUUUGUGGAUUUUGGUAGGCAAUACUCAGUAGAGCACUUCUUUGAGUUAAGACUUGAAAGACUUAAAUAUUCAUUGUGCCAAAAGAAAGGUGCAAGUGUUUUGUGUGUGACUUAUUACUGCAAGAAAAUUAAAAAAAAAAUGUAUGUAAGGCAUUUUGUUUUUUUUUCCUCAGGUUUAGAGUCAUUAGCCUUUUCUUUCCUUUGUUGUUUUUUAGGGGUUUUUUUGGGUUUUUUUGGGUUUUUUUUUGUUAGCUGGUCUGGGUUAUUAAUGAAUGAGGUAUCUGCCAGCAGGUAAAGUAGCUGAUGGUAGAAGAAUGACCGAAAAUAAUUAACCUGUUAAAAUAUAAGUAUACAAAUGUAAAUGUAAUUUAUGUAGGUUUUGUUGUACAUCUUGGGUAAUGAGACUAGAAACUUCUAAGUCCCACACCAGAUAAAAUUUGAAUAAAAUCAGUCACUAAUUUCAGGGAGAGUAAGUCAACAUUACAUCACUUACUUCACAACUCCAGCUCAUGUAUUAGGAACACAAGAGUUAUUUCAUUGGAAAGCAGCAUAUACUUUCAGUUAAAAAGCAAGACACUCCUACCCUUAGAGUACCUGGAGUUAAUUUGUUCCCUGCCUCCCCUUGAGGAGAGGGCAGAUACACAGGUAUAACCUGAGUGAACAUGCAGUGAGGUAGCGAUGUUAAACUUUGUCUAUGAAGAGUUGGAGUUUUGUUCCUCUUAGACUGAGAUACAGUGCAAAAAGAAAAACUUUUGAGGGGUAGGAAUUUAUAAAGAAAUGUCCCUUCUCAAUUAAAUUCUGAAUUUAUUUUCAUAUUGAAUUCAGUGAAGCCAAGUUUUAUGUGUUAGCAUUCCUUUGGGCUCCAUGGGUGUUGUAGAAUUAACAGAUUUUUCAGCAGCUGUUGCAUUUUUGGAUAGGGUGGGGUGUGGUAGCCCUAAAGGCCACAUGCAAUCUUUGCAAAUGAGCUCCACUGUCAGACUUAGUUUGAUUUUCACUUAUGCUUGGUCUGUUGACGUUACAGAAGUGCUAUAGAGGGGUCUUACUCUACUUAAAUGUAGCCCAGCUACUGUUUUAUGUGAUUUUGACUUAUUUUGGACAGCUUGUCUUAGACUCAUGAACUUUAACACCCUCUUGUUUCUAAAGUAUGGUAAUAUGCCAAAUUGAAAUUAUUUUACCUUUAUACUGCCUGACUAAAUUAAGUAGGUUUUCCAUUUGCUACAGAGAGGGCCCCUAUUAGCUGUAUUUUUUCUGUGUGGAGACUCUGAGAUUGUCCUACUGCUUGGGAGGGGAUUGAAUAACUAAUGAAAAUGGGAAAUGUCCAUGAAUUGACUGGGUGCACUUCCAGGGAACAAUAUUGGUUCAUAAAGGGUUUAACCUUAUUUAAAAUAACAUGGACAGAUUUGGACUGGAAGCCAAACAAUUUUCUGAAUGGUAAAAUAAAAGGGAGAUGUAAUUUUACUAAUAAUUAUUAUGACUAAAAUGGGUGGAGCUUUGACAGGCAUUACUGUUACUAAUGCUAUUUUUUUAAGGAGCACUGCAUAAAUAUUUUUAAAGCUGACUCACUCCUUUAUACCAUGUGUUUAAGGUGGUUUUAUUUUUUUAGAGAUUUUACUGUUUUCAAAACUAGCAGGGAUCUAAAUAAUUUGGUUUCUGUCAGGGAAUUAGAAAUGAAAAGUCAAGUGUCAAGCAUGGAAUAAAUAUGUAAAUACUUAGUACUGGUUCUUCAGUUUAAAAUACACAGCAUAUCACAUUAGUAAUUUUCAAACUAGGAGGAAAUGAAGGGUUGGCUACAUUGGUGUAUGAAAGCUCUGUAAAUUUAGUUGAACUUGAAAAAAGAAUGUGUGUGUAUAUCAUGUGUUUUGUUUUGGUUUUUUUUAUUAAUGGUUUUAGUUCUGUAACCCUUCAAUGCAAAGUGUUUCCUUUCAUAGAUAAAUUCAGCAUGAAAUAAUGCUGUUUAAAACUCAGAUGUUAUUUGGUUUGCUCUUCAAAAUGGGAUUACUACCAUGAGUAAAUAACACUUUUAAGUGUUCAAUUUUGCUUUUGAUACUCUGGCUAAAAAAAAAAAAAGACAUUUUCAAGUUUUGUUUCCUGGCUGGAGCACCAGGAAGUGGCUGACUUCAGAGACUCCUAUGCUUGAUGAGCAGAACAGUGGGAGGAGGGUGAGUGAGGCAGAAGAGAUCUCCAGUGCAGCACGGACAGACAGAAGCAGUUUGUGUGCGGCACAAGGGUGAGACAAGUUGUGUGCAUUUGUUUUUGCUUCCAUAAUCUUGAGCUGCUGUUCAGUCUGUAAUGUGGCUGAGGGUCAGGGGCACAUGGAGAGGAGGUGUAGGAGAUAAACAGAUUAUCAGCCCAGAUCCUGGGCUGGUCUCUGGUUGUGCCAUGUUGGCUUUCAGCCUUUUUUUUCUGCUGAGUAACUCCUCCAUCAGGUAAGAGAACAAGUGUUCUUCACUAGACAGUGACUGCUUGCAGCAAUUGCUGCUUGAGUGCCCCAUGCCCAGAUUGCUCAUGUUUAAGCAAAUAUAACAGAUUUGUUGUUUUGUUCUUCUUAUGUAUUCCCACAUGGCUUUUUGUAGUGGCUGUAAAAAAACUUGCAGUUGAUGGAGAAUUAAUUUUUCCCUUCUUGCCCCUUAUUGUCCUGUUGUCUGGAGUGCUGUACUCCAGGAAUUUCCAGUUUUUGCUAGUGCUUUGCCUUCCAAGCAGCUGCUCAUCCUGUUCAGAAUCUCCCAUCUGUGAGAAGGGACAGUUUGAACAGCUGCUUUGUUUAUUGCUCCUUCUAGGAGGGAAAAUGCAGCUUUACCUACUCCAGGGCACCAAGCCUGUGACUCCUAUGCUCUGCAGGCCAGUGUACAUAAAUGCUGCUGUUCCAUCAGAUGAAGAGGGUACUCAGACUGCUGUAAAGAACGAAGUGAACCCAAGUGUGUUAAUUAUGGUGUAGACCCUUUAUUAGUUCAACUUUUAUACAAAGUGUACUUCAAAGUGAUACAAAGUGUUACCAUUUCUUAUGCACACUAGAGAUUGAGAUCUGUUAAGCGCUGGUUUAUCCUUGUGCAUAUAAAGGUAGAAAAUGUAAAUAGACUGGCAGCGACCCAUAAUGCUGGAAGACAGUUCAGUGUUUACUCAGUUAAUAGAAAGUUGCAUAGAAUUGUAGGUCUUUAUGAAGGCAUCUUCUACGUGAUAAAAUCUCCCUGACCUACCGUACUCCAUCUGACAACAGUACGGGAGAAAGGCAAGGCGAGUACUGCUCCUUGUCAAUACCACCCAGCACUUCUAAGGAAAGCGGCUGUACAGAAGCACCAUGCCAGAAACAUCCAAGAGGACAGCACAUGGGAAAUCUCAUUUGCAAGGCUACCAAUUUCUGUAAAAUGUAGGAACUGUUUGCAGCUGGGGUCUAUGAAUAUGUUACUUUGUACAAACACCUAAGAACGUUUCAGAUAAAACCACUUUUGGCCAGACUGUGCAAUUCCCUUCCCUUCUAUGCUAGCAAGAAACUCUUGUAUAUAUGCAAGUUCCACAUCCCUUGCUUGCUCUCUCUGAGUUUUGUUUCUGUAUCUCCCAGGCUUGAUACUGUGACAUUGUACCCACCUAACUGUGGAUAAAAAUUUGAUCUCUGUUUAAUGCCAUGUUAACUCCCUGCCAUGCUGGCAGCUCACACGGAUAAGCUGGCUGGUAGCACAAGCUGGUGCAGCCACAUCUCUGCUUCUGGGCUGAAGGAACAGUCACACCACACUUGUUCUCUCCUGAAUCUCCUUCUUCCAGCUGCAAAGAGUCAGAAGCAGCAACUCAAAAUACGACAAUUUCCAGUUAUUGGUCCACUUGGAACAGCAGUUCCACUUGUGAGGAAAUGGAACUGAUUAAAGUGUCAUUUAGUAUGAGAAUAGUAAUAGCAGUAAUUCUGUGCUAGAAUCCUCCUGUAAUGCACUUUUAGCAGGGUCUCAUAUAAUGCUAAAAUAUGAUCAUGACUAGGGAAGUAGCAUUUCCAAGUGAAUGUCUAUUACAAUACUUGGAGUCUUAGUUUUUGUGAACAGGAUUAACAGACUAUUUGAAACAAGGAAAAAAAAAUCCCUUGCUGCUGCCAAGUGCUAUUAAGAGCUGCAUAAUACAUGAGACUGGAAAAGCAAAAAGUAGAUGAAAUAUUAACAUAAUGGGCUAUUUAAUGUAAUUGUAAGACAGGUCAAAUGAUGAUGAUACUUCAGCAAUGCCACCCUGUGUGAGGUUCAUUAGCAGAGGAAAAUCUGAAGUGCAGAAUCAUUAUCAACCCAGAGAAAUUGCAUUAAGCUUAAAGUCACCAGAGCGCCCUGGUGCCAUUACCUACUGUGUGCCUAUUUAAAACAUCUCUGAAAGUGAUUCUUUGCAGCUAAAGGAAACCCAAACUGACAGCCCACUCCAGCAGCUGGUGGGCCCAGUGGAAGUUUGGACUGUCAGAGCUUGAUUGCACAGCAGAAAGUCCUUCCUAAAAACCUGGAACAUGUUUUCUCACGCAAUUUCAUGUCCAUCACUUAGGGAAAAGGCAGCAGACCAAAUGCUAAGUAAACAUUAAAUAAACCCUAUUUCCCAUACUAGGAAGAAUUUAGUUAUAAAUGUGUGGGUGAAGGUUCUAAAGCAAACAAAUGCAGAGAUCCCAUUACAAGGAAUGCACAGAGCUAAUAACUUGCUUUCUUCUGUGGUCAGAACAGAAAAGAUUGGGUUACUGCCCUCUGAUUCAGCAAAGAUGAUCCAUCAAGUUUUAAAGGAUUUUGAAGUAAUUUUCUUCUUUACAUUAGGCAAAGUAGAUAAAGUCACAUCACAACCACACAGUUACAGAACACAGAAAAGCACUAACUGAACCUAAUAGCAUGAAAUCUGGUGUUGCCAAAAAGCUUGAAAAUUAGUGUGAAUGCUGCAGUAAUGUCAUGCAGAGCACAGACACUCACAGCUUGCUUGUUUAGAACACAAGAGUAACAGCAUUCUUACUUUCUACCUAUUGCUUUAAUACACACACUGAUGUAAGUGAAUUGACCACUGAACAUUUAAUGUGAAUGAAGGUCUUCCCAAAUUACAGCUACUGGUUUACUGGUUUAGAUUAUUAAACAUGGCUGCUUAAAGAGAUGUGCUAUGGCAUGAACUGGUGAGUUUGCUAGUGUCCCAAAUACUCUGAAUUACUUUGAAUGUGGGAAUUUUUCCCCCAAAAAAACCCUGCUUUUACAGAAGAGCUAUUUAUGUCAGUUUUUAAAUACACAAGACCAGUUUUUACAUACGUAAGACCUGAAUAUGUGCACAUCUGCCUCAGUGGUACUAAGGAAACAGCAAGUUAGAAGGAUUUAUUAAUGCCUGAAAUUCAGACACCUCUGACCACAAAUCUUCAUAAUGUAGACUAUGUGCUAAAGAAGAUUGCUGCCUCUCUCUUUGGUUAUGAUAUUAGCUAUAAAAGCAUUGCUCUGAGUGACAGCAAGGCAUGCACAGUAAUAAAGUUGCUUCCUGAACUAUAAAAUUAACAUAUUCGGGUUCUUGAACCUGCAUAUUCCUGAGCCUUCAAAACUGGUUUACACAUACAGUGAACA